CAUCGCUUGGGGUGAACGUUAGAGGGCAUUUUUAAUUUUUACUACCAUUAUCUUAUGGUUUGACUGAUCAUAAGGAGGAUGCUAUAAUACUUAAUGGAUGCUGGUUAAGAGUGGUUUAUAUCAUGUUCAGAGACAUGAAUGACCCUAACAUCCUGCUGGAAUUCAGGGAGAAUGUGGUAUUUAGCCCUGAAUUCUUAUACACCUCUGGAAAAAUACUGUUUAUGAAUUAUUCUAGAGAAAUUGUGUUACUUGUGUGUAUUAAAUGAUGCUUAAUUUGCAUGGCAGACUAACCUGUUGUAACACGGUAAUAACGGAACGGUAACAUUCAGAGGUAUAUUUUUUCGUUAACAGUAAUCAGUUAGAUAACCAUUAAAAACAGGGUGUCAAUGCCAGGUAUUUCGGUUUUCCUCAGUACCGUUCUUCGCAGUGCACACAUAAAUUCACCAUGAAUCGAAGUCAGGUUAAAAGGCGAGUACGUUACCCUGCAAUAGCCUAUCAAGUCUAACAUGCUUGAAUUCACUCGAAGUAACCUUGGGGAUUAUCUGGUAACUGUCUCAUAUAGGUAGUACAUGGGUUGGUAAAACUGAUAAAAAAUGUUGCGUGUAACAAUUGGCAGGGCCACAUACUAUCUGUCAUGUAUCAGAACAAAAUUCCAAGUGAUGUCACUCCUGAGGUGGACUUCUGCUGAAAGUCAUGGCCUAUUGUUGUCAAUAAAGUUCUUCAAGUUAGAGGCGUAGAUGUAUAAAAUAUGUGUCAUGAAUGGCAUUUAGUAUCGACUUCUGCCGUCAGGCGUCUACUACAUUGAUGAAUAAUUCCUAUCCAGUCAUUAAUUGUCUAUUAGAUUCAUACUGAUUUCUUAUGGGACCUUUUUCAUGUAGCUAGAUGGAUGAAAGUACAAGUAGCACCAUUAUUUUAUUCGUCAAUAAUGUCAAUAAUGUGGUUUUACUACUCUUUGCUGACACUGAACCUGGUCACAAUUUAAAACAUCAGUUUCAGUGUCCUUAUAAUAGAUGAAAUUUUUCCUCUUAUGCAAUCAGACUAGAACAUGCAAGUAUUUUCCCACAUGCAGUAAAAGUGCAAUUGUUUGUUCGAAAUUUAACGGUGUAUUACUGUCCAGUUUAUGUAUUUUCUUUAUGUAAUUGCCAUUCAUAGUGAUUUUUGGCUGACUAAGAUAUCUCAGCAUUCAAUCAAUGGUUUAUUAACAUCAUGUAUGCUUUCAUAUUUUUAGACCUGUACGAUCAAUCAAGUAUUCAACAGGUGUUUUUGAGUAAUAUGGCUAACGUCUGUAUAACUCCGUCAUGCGGCAAACCAUCCACUUUAAAAUGCCCAGUAUGCCUUAAGUUGGGGAUAACGACAUCUUUCUUUUGUUCACAAGAAUGUUUCAAACAAUUUUGGAAAACGCAUAAAGCAGCGCAUGUCACUACUGAACAAACCUAUGAAGACGAACGGUUUAUCAACUAUAGAUUUACAGGUCCAUUACGACCUUUUAGAAAGACACCCAAGAGGGAAGUGAAAAGUUCCAUUCGGACACCAGACUAUGCUGAUACAGGAAUACCGCUUUCAGAACGCAAGGCAAAGAGUUCCUACAGCAUUACAGUUUUGGAUGACGAUGAAAUUGAAUGUAUGCGUGUCUCAGGAAAGCUUGCACGUGAAGUACUUGAAGAGGCGGUGAAUGCAGUUGAAGUCGGUGUAACAACAGAUGAAAUCGAUAGAAUUGUACAUGAGGCAUGUAUGGAUCGUGAUUGUUAUCCUUCUCCGUUGAAUUAUUUCAAUUUUCCAAAAUCAUGUUGCACAUCUGUGAACGAAGUGAUAUGCCAUGGGAUACCGGAUAUGAGACCUUUGGAAAAUGGUGAUAUUUUAAAUAUUGAUAUAACCACAUACUAUGAUGGAUUCCACGGGGAUGUGAAUGAGACAGUAUUUGUCGGUCAACCGGAUGAUCGUUCAGUACGGCUAGUUAAAAAUGCCUAUAAAUGUUUAGUCAAGUCUAUGGAUGCUGUACUCCCAGGUGUUAAAUAUCGUGAAAUGGGUGAUGUAAUUGCAAAGAAUGCUUCACUCGGUGGAUUCUCUGUAGUGCGAACUUAUUCAGGACACGGGAUUCAUCGGCUAUUUCAUUGUCCUCCAAAUGUUCUACACUAUUCACGCAAUAAAGCUGUUGGUAUCAUGAAACCUGGACAUUGUUUCACUAUUGAACCAAUGAUAAACGAAGGCAGUUGGCAUGAUGAAUUAUGGCCAGACAAUUGGACUGCUGUGACCACGGAUGGUUUGCGAUCAGCACAAUUUGAGCAUACAAUGAUAAUUUCAAAGCCUGAAUUGGCUAUAGCCAAUGGGAUGCCUAUAGAAGUGGUUACUAAGCGUAAUAUCACCGGUGUUGAUCCAUUAGCCGGUUGUAAAUUCAAUGAAGAAGAUGCCUUACACUUUCAGCGUUAUGGUCGACCGUAUUUUGUUGAUCAGUUGUAUAAAUUAGGCUUGAAUAUUGAUUGUACAGUGUAUAAAGAAGUCACAGGCAGCUAGGUCCCUUGUAUGCUCACUCUGUGUAUGUGUGGUGCUUAUCUGUAGCCUUCCCAAUCUCUAAUAUGUAUCGACCAGUGUGUAUUAUCAAAGAUACCCUUUUUUAUGAAAGUCAGUGCCUCUGUCAUCUCAUCUUAUUCGGAAUGUGCAUGUAUCUACAUUUUCUGACUUUGUUUUUAUACUCCUGUUAUUUUGGAAAUUUUAGAUAAGAAGUGGAUAAAUAAAAAAAAUAGAAAAAAAAAUUGUUGGUUUUGCUUUUUUUUCUUCUAAAUAUUUGAUUAUCUUUUGGCAUAAUGAAGUUGUCCUCUUCCUUCUCUUUCACUUGCCCUGGCUGUGUGACUAUGUGACAUUGUUGCAUCAACUACAGGUGAUGACACAUGUGUAUGAGAAUUUCAUACACGCCUAUUUGCUUUUCAUACAUUUAUUCCCCUUAAUGAAUUUG